UACGACAACAAAACUAACUAAUGAAGUUUCUUCUCAUUAUCAAAAUCAAUUUAUGAAACAACUUCACGUAUUGGUACUUGGACUUGAUGUACUUGGAAAUCCACUUGCUGUUAUUCGUGGUCUUGCUGAAGGUGUUGAAUCAUUCUUUUAUGAACCUUAUAAAGGUGCAAUCGAAGGUCCUCUAGAAUUCGCUGAAGGUGUAGCAACCGGUGUACGAGCAUUAUUUAGUUCAGCUGUUGGCGGUGCUGCUGGCGCUGUCUCAAAAAUAACAAGUGUGUUUGGAAAAGGCCUAGCAACAUUAACAUUUGAUGAAGAUUAUAAGGCUUCACGUAUUCGCCGCAAAGAACCAGGCGCUACUACCGCAUCACAUAUAGCUAUGGGUGGAAAAAAUGUUGUCAUGGGUUUUGUUGAUGGUUUUAAAGGUGUUGUAACAAAACCAAUCGAAGGAGCAAAAGAUGGUGGAGCAUCUGGAUUUUUUAAAGGUUUAGGAAAAGGCUUUAUUGGUGUUGUUGCACGACCAACGGGCGGAGUCGUCGAUUUUGCUAGUUCAUCAUUUGAUCUUAUCAAACGAACUGCUCAACAAGAAGAACUUGUUCGCCGUGUUCGUUAUCCACGUCAUAUCAAUCCUGAUGGUCUUGUUAGACCAUAUAUUGCUCAUGAAGCUAUGGGAUUUUAUAUUUUAAAUCGAUUAGAAGAUGGUAAUAUUGCGAAGAGAGAGACAUAUGUUGCUCACAUAACUUGUUCAGAAGAUCCACUAUGUUGUUUAUUAUUUAUUAUUGAAAUAUCAAUUCUUGGUUUAUAUAAAAUUGAUUGGCAACUUGCAUAUGAAGAGUUAAACGAAGUGCCGAGUAUAAACAUAAGAACAGGUCAAAUUCAAAUUUUACCAAAAGAAUCAAAGACAACUGGAUUUCUAAAAACAAAAACAACUCGAGCAGUUCCAAAAUUAGUUAAAUAUCAAACUGUUUCUGAAGCUAAAGUAAAUUGA